GUGUAGUGCGACUGCGCAGUUCGUGGGUUCGGGGCGUUUGAAGGAAGUAGUCGUCCCCCACCGCACGUGGCGGGAUUAGGGAAGCGCGAGCCCGCGUGUGUGGGUUUCGCGCCUGUCACCGCUGGCAACGGGACACGUAAGGAGGGAAUGUCGGGCCGGGAGCCGCGGAGAGAGGAGGAGGGGGCGAAGCUGCACCAGAAGGAGGAGCUGAACCGAAAGAUUAAAGAGCAGAAAGUUGUAGUUGAUGAGCUUUCCAACUUGAAGAAGAACCGGAAAGUUUAUAAACAGCAACCAAAUAGCAACAUAUUCUUUCUUGUAGACAGAACAGAAAUGCUAUCUGAAUGCAAAAACACAUUAGAUGACCUGAAGAGGGCACAUCAGGAGAUAGAAAAUUCAGAGAAGACCAAAAUCAGGAAAUAGACCAUUUAAAUUCUACAUAGCAAUGUGUGGCAUUUGUUGUGUUGUCAGCUUGUCUGUUCAGCACACUAUUGGUGGCUUCUUCAAAGAUGAUCUGCUGUGCAACCUUAGAAGAAGAGGACCUAACAGCAGCCAGCAUCUGAUAAAGACUUUGUCUGAUCUCUCCUACCAGUGUUUGUUUUCUGGCCAUAUACUUCACUUGAGGGGAUUGAUGACUCCCCAGCCUCUGACAGACAUUGAUAACAAUGUGUUUCUUUGGAAUGGAGAAGUCUUCAAUGGAAUUCCCAUAGGGACAGCAGAGAAUGACACUCAAGUUAUGUUUCAUCAUCUUUCAUCAUGUAGUAAUGAAUCUGAUAUUUUGUCACUCUUCUCAUCUGUUCAGGGUCCAUGGUCUUUUAUUUAUUAUCAAGCAUCUAGACACUACUUGUGGUUUGGUAGGGAUUAUUUUGGUCGUCGUAGUUUGUUGUGGCAGUUUAAUAAUGAGCUAGACAGGGCUCUCUGUCUGUCGUCUGUAAGUGCUCUUUCUGAAUCUGAUAACCAAUGGCAGGAAGUUCCAGCAUCUGGAAUUUACAAAAUCGAUCUCAAGGCCUGUGCUAUAUCUGAAUAUUUGGUUUUAACAUUAUAUCCCUGGAAAUACCAUUCCAGAGAAAAUGCAAUAGAAGAAAGAUUCCUCAGUGGCUUGGAUCAGAUUUCAAAAGAUUUACCUGCCUAUGUGUCUCUUAUGAUGAGUGAGUCAAAACUUUCUCUAAUAACACCAGUUGUUCCUUUAAAUAGGACAGUUCCUGAAACUUCAGUUGACUCUCAUUGCCCUAAUAUUACUAAUAGUACAGUUACUGUAGAAGAUCUUCAUGGAUUUCUUGCAGAAGAGCACAAGAAGAAAUUGGUCCAUCAGCUUAUUGAUGUUUUAAGUGAAGCAGUAAAGAGACGUGUUUUAUAUCUGUUUAGAGAUACAGAUGAGCUAAAAGGAGAAAUUCUGAGUAUACCUACCAAGAAAGCACAUGUUGCAAUACUGUUUUCUGGUGGCAUUGAUUCUAUGCUUAUUGCAACCCUAGCUGAUCGACAUAUUCCUUCGGAGGAACCAAUUGAUCUUCUUAAUGUAGCCUUCAUGAUUAAAGAACAGACUAAACAAAGCAAGCGGAAAAAACAUGAAUUGCAUUCUUGUCAGGAAUGCUUUAAAAAACUUGAUACUACACUUGUUGAUAACUUGUCUUGCUUCAAUGUGCCUGACAGAAUCACUGGCAGGGCUGGAUUGGAAGAACUAGAGACUAUUAAUCCUUCAAGAACUUGGAAUUUUGUGGAAAUUAAUGUUACACUUGAGGAACUGAAAAGAAUGAGACAACAGCGCAUAAGCCGCUUAGUUUAUCCAUUGGAUACUGUUCUGGAUGACAGCCUUGGUUGUGCAGUUUGGUUUGCUUCCAGGGGAGAAGGUUUUAUUACUACCCAGGGAGAUGUAAAACCAUAUAAAAGUUCUGCAAAGGUUGUGCUUACAGGAAUUGGAGCAGAUGAGCAGCUUGCAGGCUAUUCCCGACAUCGUGUUUGCUUCAAAAAAUAUGGUUUAGAUGGCUUGAAUAAUGAACUAGGAAUGGAACUGGCUCGCAUUUCUUCUAGAAAUCUUGGCCGGGAUGACAGGAUUAUUGGAGAUCAUGGAAAAGAAGCAAGAUUUCCUUUCCUUGAUGAAGAUGUUGUUUCGUUUCUUAACUCUCUGCCUGUUUCGGAAAAAGCAGACUUGACUCUACCUCGAGGAAUUGGUGAGAAAUUACUUUUGCGCCUGGCAGCUAAGGAGCUUGGCCUCAAGGCCUCUACUAUUCUUCCAAAGAGGGCCAUGCAGUUUGGAACACGGAUUGCAAAAAUGGAAAACAGCAGUGAAAAGGCAUCUGAUAAAUGCAGCAGACUUCAGCCAGUUUCAGUAGACUAAUUUAUGAGGCUGCAAUUGAAGGUUUGUUCACUGCACAUCUUAUGAGAAAUUUAUGGUUUAAAAUUUUGUAUUUUAUUAUGUGUGGAUAUUCAAUAAAAUCCUCAAAAUUUUA